AUGGAGCAGGUCAUUUCACAGUCCACCAGGAGGGAGCAGGAAAGGAGCAGGGGGCAGUGUGUGCGGGGGGGGGACGAGGCUGCAGUAGUGGAAGGGCAGUCAAACGUGCUGGAGGCGGUGAAGCGGAUGGUGGGAGGAAACCCUGAUGCCAUUUGUUUCCAUUUGGCAGACGUACGUGCACGGAUAAUGAAGUUGGAGGAGCUGGUGAAAGCGGGAAUUAGUGAGGAGGAGAAAAUGGAGUCAUUGGAGCGGCUGAAGAACGUUAUGAGGGAAGAUUUGCAAGAGGCGCUUGAUAAAUUUGAGAUGCAAAGGGGCCCAAUCGAGGUGCUGCAAAGGGAAAAGGAGCAGCUUCGAGCAAAACUCGUUUGCAUGGAGGAGCAGGCCCACGUGCAGUGUGGAGUGGCCGAGGCCAAGGCUGAACAGGCAAGAAAUGCUGCUGAAAUUGAGAGAAUUGCUGCCGAGAGGGACGAGUUUGCCAGGGAAACCGCACAGCUGCUGCUUGUAGAGCGGGAGGUGAGGCAAAAACAGGUGGAGGCUUUGGUGGAGGCGAAGGAGAGGGCUGUGGGGCAAGCAGUGGAGCUAGCAGCUGCUAGCGAGAGAAGUGCAGCUGCAAGGGAGAGAGCUGCAGUGCAGGAAAGGCAGCUGAGGGCAGAUAUGGAAAAGGCACAUAAGCAGAUGAAGGUUUUAGUGGAGGAGAAGGAGAGGGCUUGGGAGCAUUUGGUAGAGGCAAGAGCUGCUGAGAGGGAGAAAGAGAGGGCUCUGGACGAGCAGAAGCAUGCUUUGGAAGCUGCUCUCGAGGGAGCGAGGCGAAAGGCGGUGGAGAUUGGAGAUAUGAGAGAGAAGGUGGGACAGUUUGAAGAGGAGAAGAGGGCGUUGCAGGAGGCCUUUGAGGGAGUGAAGAGACAGCAGGUGGAGAUGGAAGCUGCUGGGAGAGAACAGGCGAGGGCGUUGGAAUGGCAGAAGAGUGUGUUGGUGGAGGUGGUUGAAGGAAUGAAGAGAAAACAGUUAGAGGCAGAAGCUGCUGGGAGAGAAAGGGUGAGGGCGUUGGAAGGUCAAAAGAAGACCUUGGAGGUUUCGGUUGAGGAAAUGAAGAGGAAGAUGGAAUAUCUUAGGAGAGGGUAG